AUGAGUUGGGCCACUGUCGAUUUUGGGAUCGGACGGAUUAUUAGUCUUCUUGAGAACGAGACCUUGUUGUUGUCGGGAGUCCAUGGCGAGAUUGAGAAGAUGAAGAAGGAGUUGCUUAUCAUGAAGUCUUUUCUUGAGGACAGCAACAAACAUGGUGGAAAUGGAUCCACCACAACUACAACAACUCAACUCUUCAAGACUUUUGUGGCAAACACAAGAGAUUUGGCUUACCAAGUGGAAGACAUUAUCGACGAGUUUGUCUACCACAUCCAUGUUUAUCGUAGCUGCAAGAACCUUUGGCGUGCUUUUCAUUUCCCAAGGUAUAUGUGGGCCAGGCACUGCAUAGCUUGUAAGCUAGGAGUAGUAAAUGUCUUGAUUCAAUCCAUUUCUGACUCCAUGAGAAGGUACUCUCGUUUAAAAAACUGUCAAUCAUCAUCACCACCUAUUGAUGAUGGAAGUGCAAAGUGGGUGAAUAACAUCAGCGAGUCGUGUCUCUUCUUUAGUGAAAAUAGUCUUGUAGGGAUUGAUGCAGCCAAGAGGAAGCUCACUGGAUGGCUUGUGAGUCAAGAAACUCAAAGGAUAGUUGUUUCUGUGGUUGGAAUGGGUGGUUCAGGGAAGACCACACUCUCAGCGACUAUCUUUAAGUCUCAAAGCGUGCGGAAGCAUUUUGAGUCAUACGCUUGGGUCACAGUCUCCAAAUCCUAUGUGAUUGAAGAUGUGUUUAGGACAAUGAUCAAGGAGUUUUACAAAGAAGCAGAUACACAGAUUCCACCUGAGCUAUACUCUUUAAGCUACAGAGAGUUGGUGGCAACACUUGUGGAGUAUUUGAAGUCAAAGAGGUACAUUGUUGUGCUUGAUGAUGUAUGGACCACUGAUCUCUGGAGGGAGAUAAGCAUCGCUCUACCGGAUGGUAUUUGUGGAAGCCGUGUUAUGGUAACUACUCGGAGCAACAACGUGGCUUCUUUCUCGUAUGGCGUAGGGAGCAGAAAGCACGAGAUUGAGCUCUUGAAAGAAGACGAAGCUUGGCUGCUUUUCUGCAACAAAGCGUUUUCAGGAUGUCUUGAGCAAUGCAGGAGGCAAAAUCUUGAGGUGAUGGCACGGAAGUUGCUUGAGAGAUGUCAAGGCCUGCCAUUAGCUAUUGCUUCUUUAGGGAGCAUGAUGUCAACAAGGACGUUGGAAUCAGAAUGGAAGACAGUCUACAAUUCUCUGAACUGGGAGCUGAACAACAAUCUUGAGCUCAAGGUUGUUAGAAGCAUUUUGUUGGUUAGCUUCAACGAUUUGCCAUACCCUCUUAAACAAUGUUUCUUGUAUUGCACUCUUUUCCCUGCGAACUAUCGGAUGAAGAGGAAGAGGCUCGUUAGGAUGUGGAUGGCACAAAGGUUUGUGGAACCGAUCAGAGGAGUGAAGCCAGAGGAAGUGGCUGAUAGGUACCUCAACGAGCUUGUUUACAGAAAUAUGCUUCAAGUCAUCUUGUGGAAUCCUUUUGGACGACCUAAAGUGUUCAAGAUGCAUGACGUGAUAAGAGAGAUCGCUUUAUCUGUAUCCAAAGGUGAGAGGUUUUGUGAUAUAUAUAAAAAUGGCAAUGAUGGUGAUGAUGAUGAAGAAACAACCGAGGAUUGUUGUACUCGCCAUUUAUGCAUCCAGAGAGAGAUGAGACCAGGUACCAUCCGUUCAACAAACCUUCACACUCUUUUGGUUUGCACUAAAAACAGCAUUGAACUACCUUCAUCUCUGAAGCUUUUAAGAGCCCUAGACCUUGAAGAGAGUGCUAUCAGCAAGCUACCAGAUUGUUUAGUAACUCUGUUCAACUUAAAGUAUCUGAACGUGUCGAAAACACAAGUGAAGGAACUCCCAAGAAACUUCCACAGGCUCAUCAAUUUGGAGACACUGAACACUAAGCACUCCAAGAUUGAGGAACUUCCUCCAGGGAUCUCCAAGCUGCGGAAGUUGCGUCAUCUGAUUACUUUCCGUUGCAACUACGGACAAGAUCCCACUUGGAACUACGUUUUAGGCACGAGGGUCUCUCCUGAUGUAUGCCAGUUGAAGGACUUGCAAGUCAUGGACUGCUUCAAUGCAGAAGCUGAGCUCAUCAAGAAUCUAGGGAACAUGACUCAGCUCACAAGAAUAAGUCUUGUCAUGGUUAAAAGAGAACAUGGAAAUGACUUAUGCAAGUCGCUGAAUAAAAUUAAAAGACUCAGGUUCUUAUCUCUGACGUCGAUUCAUGAAGAGGAGACAUUAGAGAUAGAUGGACUGGAAGCAACUGCGAGCAUUGAGAAGCUCUUUCUCGCUGGGAAACUGGAAAGAGUACCAAGUUGGUUCCAUGAUCUUCAAAACCUUACCUAUCUUGGUCUGCGCGGAUCUCAGCUGCAAGAAAAAGCCAUCGGCUAUAUCCAAGAGCUUCCUAAACUGGUAUGGCUUUCAUUUUACAAUGCAUUUAUGGGACCUAGGUUGUGCUUUGCACAAGGGUUUCAGAGUCUGAAGAUUAUGGAUAUAGUUCAGAUGCAACAUCUGACACAAGUUGUUAUAGAAGAUGGUGCAAUGACUGAGCUUCAGAAGCUUUAUAUCAGAGCUUGCAGAGGGUUAGAGUCGGUACCGAAAGGAAUUGAGAAUCUUGCUAAUCUUCAAGAACUGCAUCUGAGUCAUGUUUCUGAUCAGCUAGUAGACCGGAUUCGUGGAGCAGGGAGUGUAGACCGGUCAAGGGUUAAACACAUCCCUGCCAUUAAACAUCGUUUCACAACUGAUAAAGGCUCAUUUUACGUGAGCCUCUCAUCUUGA